UGGCGUUGAGGUGGGGAAAACAGGUAGAUGGAGUUCAGUGUUGUUUUCAGUCUGAAGGAGUCGAUUCACAGGAAAAAACGACUCCGUUUCGUGUUGAUUGACAGGUAAACGACUCCGCUUCGUUUUGAUUCACAGGUAAACGACUCCGCUUCGUUUUGAUUCACAGGUAAACGACUCCGAUUCAUGUUGAUUCACAGGUAAACGACUCCGAUUCGUGUUGAUUCACAGGUUCAGAGAUGUGUCCAAAGUCAGAAAUGAUCACCGGUCUGAUCGCGGCUACGUUCACACCCCUCACACCCCAAGGAGAACUGAACCUGGCGGUGAUCGGACAGUACGUGGACUACCUGCUGGAGAAGCAGAGAGUGCGCAGUGUGUUCGUGAACGGGACGACGGGUGAAGGCUGCUCUCUAACCCUCCAGGAACGGAAGCAGCUGGCGGAGGAAUGGUGUCGUCAGGGCAAAGGGAAACUUGAUCAGGUCAUCAUUCAUGUCGGCUGCCUGAGCCUACAAGACUCUCAGGAACUGGCACGUCACGCCGCGUCCGUAGGAGCCGACGCCAUCGCUGUCAUCUCUCCGUCUUUCUUCAAACCCAAAAAUGCAGAGGCGUUACAGAUGUUUCUGAAGGCAGUGGGUGAAGCAGCUCCACAACUUCCCCUCUACUAUUAUCACUUACCCAGCAUGACGGGACUGAACUUGAACGUGAGGGAGGUUCUGGAGGACAUUGAGAAGAAGAUUCCUUCGUUCAGAGGGCUGAAGUUCAGUGGAGUGGAUUUAAGAGAUCUGGGACAGUGCGUCAGUUAUUGUCGUCCUCGUGGUUGGUCCGUCCUCUACGGAGUGGACGAGCAACUGCUGGGAGCCUUGACGCUGGGAGUCAACGGUGCUGUCGGAAGCACGUAUAAUUACGUGGGUUACUUCAUGAACAAGAUGUUAAGUGCGUUUGAAAAAGGAGACCUCGCUCUCGCUCAAAGCCUCCAGUUUAAGCUGCAGGAUGUCCUCACAUUCGCAUUCAGUCUAGGCUUCGACCUGGCCAUGAACAAGCAGGUGAUGAGUGUGUGUUCUGGUCUGCCGAUGGGUCCGCCGAGGCUGCCGCUGCUUCCGUCGCCUCCUGACGCCGUUCAGGAUGUCGUUAAGAAGCUCCAUCAGGACAUGGGGACAUGUCCUAACUAGAACAGUAGCACUGUUAUAAAUCAGGCAGUGUCAUAUACGCGCAGGUCGUCGGAGUAACACACUUGUGAACGAGCCACGAUGUGUCUGAGACAUAAGCUAUGAUUAGUUUGAUUAGCUUUUAAACCAAUACUCAUAACAUAUAGCCAGUAACACAGGGAUCCUCCUCUCUGUGUGUAUCGUGUGAUGUGAUAUCGUCAGUAUUGCAUAAUAUGUACAGGAAGCAGGUCUCAUUAAAACAAGGACGGUUUCUUUCUUUCUUUCGUGGGCACAUAAACACUGAUGGGAUAUCAGUACAUACUGACUUUGUAGUACUUAAUUGUUUCUAAAUAAACACUAGAAUUCAUGUUGAACAUUCA